AUGUGGUAUUACACAGAAUCAAAAGCCACUAUGAUCGGCCUGGCUACAAUGUUCUCUAUUCUCACUGCCAUGGACAUCAUUGGAAACGUGAUUGUUUGUGUGCUGAUCGUUAAAUUCAAAGAUAUGAGGAUUCCAAUGAAUUAUCUAAUCCUGAACCUGGCUGUAGCAGACAUUUUGGUCGCCCUUUUCGUAGUUCCUCGGUUUGUGCUCUUUAAUGCUUACAUACUCCCUGAUGGAAUGACUGGUACAGUUAUCUGUAAGCUGCUGACCGGUGGUAAUUUGUCUUGGAUUGGAGCAGUUGCUUCUGCAUUUACACUGGCUGUUGUAGCUUUAGAGAGAUACUACGCAAUCAUGAACCCACAAGGCACACAAUUGACAGCUGCGAAGGUAGAGAUCAUUGUUCCAGUAAUUUGGCUAUUAGCAAUCCUCUUCAAUUUGCCUCUGCUGUUGACCGACCGGUACAGCACAAAGCACAAGACUUGUAUGGAGAACUGGCCAGAGGAAUGGAUGGCAAAGUCCAGCAGCUUGAUAUGGCUUGUGGUGACCGGCUAUCUUCCCAUAUUCCUGAUGAUCGGACUGUACGCAAGAGUCGUGUAUCAGCUCUGGUUUCUUGAUGAGGAUGAUGGCGACAGCACUCGACAGGGAGUGCUGAGGAUUCGAAGAAGAAUCACCAAAAUGGUUUUCACAGUUAGCAUGGUCUUUGCCGCUUGCCGGAUUCCCGCCCAAACGAUGUACGUCAUCAGCUACUUCAGUCGCACCCAGUACCACAGCGAUUUACUGCAUAUCAUAUCCGUUGCUGAGGUGACUGCCAAUUCCGCCAUUAACCCAUUCAUAUAUGCCUUCGUUAAUCAUCGCUUUAGACAGCACAUCAAGGAACUGAUAUGCUGCCCUGGUUUGUGCAAAACAAAGGUGGAUGCCUUUAUCCCAGGUCAGGAUAGCACCCAAGACGCCACUUACACUACGGAGGUAGUGCAGUUGCAACAAACAUCGCAAGAAGAAGCUCCAAGAUAUGAUUAA